UAGAGAGAGGGUCGUCGGCGAAAGUUGUAGAGAUUUACAAAGUUUCGCAAGACAGUGAUCGGUUUCUUUCGAACAAGCGUGGCCUUCUCAUAUAAACCGGGAAUAAUUCCUUAGGAUUUGAGACGGGACUGCAUGCGUGUCUGGGAGGAUAUCUUUGCGGAGUUCUCGGGGAACUAACUUUAGUUCGCCGAAAUGGCUGUCAUUUCGAAAGGACAGUUGCUAAUUUUUCUUUGCCUUCUUGGCACGAUAUCAUCAAAACCUCGCAGAUCUAAGAGUGAUGUAUCCCCAAUAGAGGCUCCCGCUGAGGACCAGCUACAGAGGGGCGUAGGCGAAACCCUGCAGGAUGAUGAGGACUUCCUCGCGGACGAGGCCUCGGGAGCAGGCCCUGAUCGGGGCAGUGGGGUCGACCCGACUGAACCUGGGAAUGAUGGCCGGCCGACCAUCCGGGACUCAUCAGGUAGCGGUUUCGAGCCUACAGAGCCCACAGAUAAUUUCCGACGCCCCGAACCAACUCAAUUAAGUUCGUCAGAAUUCUAUCGAGUUCGAUUCCGUGCAAUGAGUUUGGAAUAUAAGCCAGAAUUAGGUAAUCGUCUGAGUGUGCCAUUUCUCGAGCUUUCCCGCCAGGUAGCCGCAGAGGUACAAAAGCUCUAUGACAACACACCGGGCCAGCAAACCGCAUCUGUGAUACAAUUGGAUUCCAGGGAAAAGGGUGAGGGUGAAUAUGAGACGGUCGUGGUAACCCUUGACCUCAGCACUCAAGGUUUCUACGACGAGCCGGCGUUACGGAAAGUAUUUGAGGACGCGCUCCCGACGGAAAUCGGUCCUUAUUCAACAACUCUGGACGAUUUCCAGUUCAGGAAACUUGGGAGUGGCACAACUUGUGCGAAUGCCGCCGGUCCUGAGCCAAAGGAGUACCCUCGUCUCGGCGACAACUGGGCCAACCUCAUCAUCAACCAAGCAUUCCCCUGUGCCGGCUACGUCACGGCUUUCGAGUUCUGGCGAGGGACAGUAGAGGGCACCGCCUACAUCGGUGUGUGGCGUAUGGCUGCUCAACAACAAUUUAUGCUGAUAGCAAAGGUUGCCGCCGUGCCGCAAGAAGUCGGGGUCAACCGGAUAGAUCUUGAGACACCAAUCGCUGUCAGGGAGGGCGAUUUUGUCGGGAUACACUACGACCGGGAUGCUAGGACCGGGAUUGUACCGCACACCAUCGAAGCUGACAACCUCGUCUCCAGUAACGAGUUAUAUGAGGUUUACACUGCCGAGGUUUUUAACGAUCAGAUUCCCAUUGGUACGCCGAUUCACUUACAGCUAUUCAGCGGUGGGGAGACAAAGAAGAGAUUCGGAUUGAAGAGUAUCAUUGAUUACAAUUACAAACCUCCGACGACUGCGGCCCCUCCUGUCUGUAAUCCACCCUCUUUCUUGUGCGACAGUGGGCGAUGCAUCCCGUCCCACAAGAGAUGCAAUUCACAGCAAGACUGCGUUGACAACACAGAUGAAUUAGGAUGCCCGCACCAUCCUGUGCGAGUCUUGUGUCUUGCUGGACAGUUCCUGUGCGCCAACAACAAGAAAUGUAUCGACCCGGCCCUCAAGUGCAAUGGAGAAAAUGACUGCGAAGAUGCAUCUGAUGAACGGGGAUGUGCACCUAGGGCGUGUCUGGCCGGCCAAUUCCGAUGCAACACCGGCGUUUGUAUCAACUCGCUACAAAAAUGUGACGGACAGGCAGAUUGCGCUGACAGUUCUGAUGAAAUUGGGUGCCCCUCAAUACCGUGCCUCCCUGGACAGUUCCGAUGUGAAAACGGCCCGUGCAUUGACGGGCAAUAUCGGUGCGAUGGUCGCAUUCAUUGUCCCGAUACAACUGACGAAUUAGAUUGUCCUGUUGCAUGUCGCGCCUCGGAGUUCCAAUGUGGCGACGGCCGAUGUAUCGACACCACAAAGAAAUGUGACGGGCACCGACAUUGUGCGGAUGGAGCUGAUGAGGAGGACUGCCAUUUUGUUGCCACUGUUGCCAACUGCCUAGCUGAUGAAUACACAUGCAAUGACGGUCGUUGUAUUGAUGAGCGUAAGCUCUGCGACGGGGAACCGGAUUGUCGGGACGGCGGUGACGAACUGAAUUGUCAGACUCCUGCCCCUACAUGUCCAUCUGAUGAAUUUACGUGCGGCGAUGGAAGUUGUAUCGACAAUAGGAACGAAUGUGACGGAGCAAGCGACUGCCCCGAUGGAACAGACGAAGUGAAUUGUCCGACUACGCAAGCCCCGACCUGUCCGUCCAAUGAAUUCACCUGCGGUGAUGGCACAUGUAUCGCCAACGAGAAGAAGUGUGAUGGAACUCCAGACUGUCGGGACAGAACAGAUGAGCUAAAUUGUCCAACAAUGCCUCCACCAACCUGCUCACCCUCGGAGUUCCAAUGCGGUGACGAAAGUUGCAUCGGCAACAGGAGGAAAUGUGACGGGGCGCAAGAUUGUCGCGACGGAAGCGAUGAGCAGAAUUGUCCGACUACUACGCAACCUACUACGCCACCUACAACAACUGCUGGUGAGGGUGGCGGUCUCCUGACAGGUGAGGGGGAGAGAGUCGACUAUGAAGACGGUUGCCAAGAUUCGGAAUUCGAAUGUCGCUCAGGUGAAUGUAUCGAGGCGGGAAAGAAAUGUGACAGACGGACGGACUGCCGGGACGGAAGUGAUGAAGACAACUGCCCUUGCCGACCAGAGAUAGAAUUCCAGUGUGCGGAUGGGACGUGUAUUGAUGCCAGGAGGAAAUGUGAUCAGCGGGCCGAUUGUCUUGACAGAAGUGAUGAACUCAACUGCCCGGUGAGAUGCACGGCUGCAGACUUCACCUGCCUCUCCGGGGAAUGCAUCGAUAUCCGCCGAAAAUGCGACAAGGCCAGGGACUGCCGCGACGGAAGCGAUGAACAAGGUUGCCCUAAGGAAUGCAAGGCCCGAUACGAGUUUACCUGUCUGUCCGGUCAGUGUAUUGACAAUCGGCGGAAAUGCGACGGUUACAGUGAUUGCGUUGAUGGGAGCGAUGAACGGCACUGUUCUGGGGGAUGUACUGAUUCAGAGUUCGCAUGCGCGUCUGGUGACCAGUGCGUCGAUGUGAGCAAAAAAUGUGAUAAGACGUCCGACUGUCGUGACGGAAGUGACGAAGCUGGAUGUCCUGUUGAAUGCACGGAUUCAGAGUUUAAAUGUGUCUCUGGAGAAUGUAUCGACGUCAGACGAAAAUGUGACAAGAGAGAUGACUGCCGGGAUGGAAGUGAUGAGCAAAAUUGUCCUGUUGAAUGCACCGAUUCAGAGUUUAAAUGUGUCUCUGGAGAAUGUAUCGACGUCAGACGAAAAUGCGACAAGAGAGAUGACUGCCGGGAUGGAAGUGAUGAGCAAAAUUGCCCGGUCCAAUGUCAAGCGUCUGAAUUCACGUGUCGCAAUGGUGAUUGCGUUGACAACAGACGACGUUGUGACGGUCGUUACGAUUGCUCCGACACAAGUGAUGAGGAGGGAUGUCCCAAACAGUGCCGAUCUUCUGAGUUUAAAUGCGGCACAGGAGAAUGUAUUGACGCUCGCAAAAAAUGCGAUGGCAGUUACGAUUGUCGUGAUGGCACCGAUGAAAUAGGCUGUGCCAAGGCAUGCGAAGAUACAGAAUUCACCUGCGGAACGGGAGAAUGUAUCGCCAUCCAACAAAAAUGUGACGGGAACCAGGAUUGCCGCGAUGAUACCGACGAAACAGGAUGUCCCACAAGGUGUCGUGACGGUCAAUUCCAGUGUCGGAAUGGUCAGUGUAUUGACGCGAGUCUGCGCUGUAACAGGGAAUACAAUUGCCGUGACGGAACUGACGAAUUUGAGUGUCGACCCACAAGGUGUCGUGACAACGAGUUUCGGUGUCGUUCUGGGGAGUGCAUUGACUCUAGCAGGAAAUGCGACAGGCGCUCUGAUUGUCGUGACGGAAGUGAUGAACUCGAGUGCCCUGUCCAGUGUCGACCCAACCAGUUUAAGUGCGUUAGCGGAGAAUGCAUCGAUGCCAGGAGGAAAUGUGACAAGCGCCGCGACUGUGGAGAUGGAAGUGACGAGGCCGAUUGCGUGGAAGAAGUACCAAUCAGAAUCAAUGUUGCUCCACCCAGCCUCCGUAUCAGGGAGGGUCAACGCGCCAUGUUCAUCUGUCGCACGACGGGUAACCCUCCACCCAAGGUGCGUUGGAGCCGGAAUGGUCAACAGUUGCCGCAGGGGGCAACUGACGUUGAUGGUGUCUUGACAAUUGGGGUGACAAGGGCAGCUGAUUCCGGUCAGUACACAUGCUCGGUGAUUGGAGUUGCUGAGGAUAUACGUGCGAGUGGACGUCUCAUGGUCGAUGUUUUUGGCCCAACGCUUGUCCCACCGACCGAUGGUCAGUGUCGUGCAGAUACAGACACAAGAUGUAAUAGCGGACAGUGCAUACCCAAAGAUUACCUCUGUGAUGGGGACUUUGAUUGCGCGGACAAAUCAGAUGAAGCCAAUUGCGUCGAUACAAUGCCGUGCGAACCCAAUGAACAUCGCUGCGAUUCUGGCAAGUGUAUUCAGUCUAUCUGGUGGUGCGAUGGGGACAAUGACUGUGGGGACAAUUCAGACGAAAACAUUUGCCCGACAUCUGCCCCUGGCGCCCCCUGUAAGAAGACUGAGUACCAGUGUCAGAGUCGUGACCAGUGUAUCCCGGCCAGUUACCAGUGUGACAGUGAAGUCGAUUGUCAGGACCAGUCAGAUGAAUUAGGAUGCGCUCCUCCUAUUGUCCUGAGGUCACCACCAGGAAAAGUUGAGGUUGAUCAGGGAGAAACUGUUGUCAUAUCCUGUGAGGCUAGAGGUACCCCGGUGCCACUGAUUGUCUGGCGGCUCAACUGGGGUCACAUCCCAGACCCCCCGCGCGUCUCUACCACCAGCGAGGGUGGUAUUGGUACCCUGACCAUCCGACAGAUCAGGGAGUCGGACCAAGGCGCAUAUACCUGUGAGGCCCUCAACAACAAGGGAAGCGUUUUUGCUCAACCUGAUGCAAUCGUAACAAUAAAGCCGCCAAGUGGACUUUGUCUCCCGCCCCUGUUCCACGCGGAGGCCAAGUCUGUCUCGGAGUGCCUCAACUGCUUCUGUUUUGGAGUGACUGACCAGUGUGUUAGUAGCAAGCUCAGGCGCUCACAGCUCUCCAUUGGCAGCCAAAUUGCCAUGAUCAACUACGCGAGCCAGCAGACCAUGGACCCCAACUACAUCCAAUUCAACCCUGGGACGAGGCAGUUCAGUGUGGCGGAUUAUGGCUCCAUUACUCGUGAUGGUACUUACUACUGGAAUCUUCCAAGGCAGUUCCUUGGCAACAAGCUAUCAAGUUAUGGUGGGAACCUCUACUACACGAUGUAUUACAUGAACAGGGGAGGCAGUCGGCAAGUAGGCGGUGCCGAGGUCAUCAUGAAGGGUAACGGCAUCACUGUCCAGUUCAACUCACCAUCACCGCAUAGCGCUGCUACGGAAUUCAGUCGGGUCAUUCCAUUGGUUGAGUCUGACUGGACCCUGCUUAGAGAUGCUCCCCUUAGGGGCGACCAGGGUCCUGCUAGAGGUGAUUCAUUCGGCCAGCCGGCCUCAAGAUCGGACUUAAUGAUGGUGCUUCAGAAUGUCGAGUUCAUCUACAUCAAGUCAAAGUUUGAUGAAUACUUAGAUGAGAUCAGGGUGAGCCAGGUCUUCCUUGAUGUUGGUGUGGACCCAAGCAGCGGCAGUCGGGGAGACAGAGCAUCACUCGUGGAGAUGUGUACCUGUCCAGAGGGUUACACCGGCCUCUCCUGUGAUAAAUGUGCUCGGGGAUAUCGCCGGCAGUCCGUUGGUCGAUUCUUGGGACGAUGCAUACCGUGUGAUUGCAACAAGCACACGGACGAUUGUGAUGCUGAUACAGGCAUCUGUGUGUCCUGCCAGCAUAAUACAGAGGGUGACAAAUGCGAGAAGUGCAAAGCUGGUUACUAUGGCAACGCCAGUGGUGGCACAUCAACAGACUGUCUCCCCUGCCCAUGUCCUCUAACUGAUACAAGAAACCAAUUCAGCAAAGAUUGCUACGUUGACCCGCUGGACACCCAGAUCACAUGCCGAGGAUGCCCACGUGAGUACACAGGCCGCAGAUGUGAACAGUGUGCGCCUGGAUACAUCGGUAACCCCAAGACCCCCGGCGACUACUGCCGGCCCAGCCAACAGUCAUGUGACCCGAGAGGAAGCCUGUCUUCAACUCCUGACACUAACGACCAGUGUCCAUGCAAGAGAAACGCCCAAGGUAAAUCGUGCGGUCAGUGUGGGGCUGGUGCCUUCUACCUUUCAACCGAAAACCCAGACGGUUGUCUGAAGUGUUUCUGUAAUGGUGUCACGGACAUGUGCGCCAGUUCCGGAUGGUACAGGACGGAAGUCCGUUCGAACUUUGAUCCUGCAAGAUUUGAUGGGUUCGUCUUGUCAAACGCAGCCCGCACACGUACGGUUGACUCAGAAUUCGACGUAGAUAUCCGUCGCAACCAGUUAAUGUAUCGACGCUUCAGCGCUUUGACGCCCUACACAUAUUACUGGAUCCUCCCAGAGAAAUUCCUUGGGGACAAGGUUGGAGGGUACGGCGGGAAGAUUCUAUUCACAGUCAACUACCAAGCGGGCAGCGACCCAAGACCGAAUAACGAUGCGGAUAUUGAGAUCAAGGGGAAUGGCAUUGUAUUGAUGUACACAGCCCGCCAACCUCUUCAGGCCGCGAUCCCACAAGCUGUGCAGGUGCCACUGACUGAGUCCUACUGGAUGAAGGAAGAUGGGAGUCAAGUAUCUCGUGAGGAGUUCCUGAUGGUCUUGGCUGAUAUUGAUACCCUAAUGAUCAAGGCAACCUACGCAAGGACCACGGCACAGUCUAGUAUUUCUGAUGUCAUAUUCGAGACUGCUGAGAAUAGGAACUCUGGGGGUGAUCGAGCCUUGACUGUUGAGCAGUGCCAGUGUCCACCUGGGUACCAGGGUCUCUCCUGCCAUGACUGCCGUAGUGGCUACCGACGGGAAAAGGUCGGCCGGUACCUUGGACGGUGUGUGCCGUGUGAUUGUAACAGGCAUGCUGCUAACUGUGAUACUGAGACAGGGAAAUGUGAGAGUUGCCAACACAACGCUAUCGGGGAUCGCUGUGAGAGGUGUGCUAGUGGUUUCUAUGGCGACGCACGGCGUGGAACGUCCAACGAUUGUCAGGCCUGUCCAUGCCCUCUGACUUCCCGUGAAAACCAGUUCAGUAAGGAGUGCUUCCUUGCUAGCGAUCGCCAGGUGACCUGCCGCAACUGUCCCCAGGGCUAUCGUGGCCGAAACUGUGAGAGCUGUGCCCCGGGCUACAAGGGUGACCCACGUCGGCCGGGCGACACCUGUAAACGGGAGGGCGAAGGUCAAGAAGGAGGUGAUGGAGGGACGACGAAAGCUCCGGGCAAAUGUGAACGGUGUGAUGAGCGGGGAGUCGUGCCGGGCUCGACAUGUGACCCGGCCACGCAGACAUGUGGCUGUAAGGAUAACGUUGGGGGCUCCGAGUGUGAUACGUGUAAGGCGGGGCAUUUCCACCUGACAAAGGAGAAUCCGCGUGGCUGUCUGCAGUGUUGGUGCUCCGGCCAGUCUACAAAGUGUCGCAGCUGCCAGCAGUAUCGAUCACAGGUACGGCCCUUCUUCAGCCAAGAUGGCACCAGCAACUUUGCCCUCGUCUACAAGAAUGAUCCACGGACGACCGUCGUGUUGGACGGUUUUAGCCUGAACGGCCGAAACAAAGAAGUGCGCUACGAUGGUUUUAAUCAGAUCCGAGGGUCGAAUCGUCUUUACUGGAGGCUGCCGCCAAGGUUCUCUGGAGACAAGGUUUCAUCUUAUGGGGGUAACCUGAAGUUCACCGUUGAGUACGAGAAUGAUCCAAGACUUGGUGGGGACUUUUUCAGCGAUACAGAUUUGGAAAUUAUUAGCGGCAACAACCGUUUCCAUCAUGUUUUCGACCCUCCGUCAAGCCGCUCCAGGCAGACUGAAUACAGCAUCGUAUUGAAUGAACGCACUUUCAAGAAAGCUGAUGGCACUGUCCCAACUCGUCUCGAAUUCCUCCAACUCCUCGCCAACAUCGACUACAUCCUCAUCCGUGCUGCGAAUCAUCGCGACAUGCGCUCGACCGCCAUUAAGGAAUUAUCAAUGGACAUCACCGUUGCACAGAAUACUGGCCAGCAUCCGGCUCUCAUGGUAGAGGAGUGUACGUGUCCCGAGGGUUAUCGGGGCCUGUCGUGUGAGCUCUGCGAACAGGGGUACCAGCGCGUGGAGGACCCGAGGUACCCUCUGGGUCGCUGCGUGAGGUGUAGCUGUAAUAGCCAUUCAGCCAGGUGUGACGAUAGUGGAAAGUGUGUGAAUUGUCUUCAUAAUACGGCCGGGGAUUACUGCGAGAGAUGUGCGGAUGGUUUCUAUGGUGAUCCACGACGCGGCACACCCAAUGACUGCCAGCCUUGUCCAUGCCCACUGCCUGUUGCUUCAAAUCAAUUUGCACCAACCUGUCGCCGAGAUACUGAUGGAGGUGUGACGUGUUUGCGAUGUGAGCAAGGCUACGUCGGCCGGAACUGUGAGCGAUGCGACACUGGUUAUACCGGCAACCCGAUGGUCCCUGGUGGAUCAUGCCAAAAAGUUGCUAUAUCAAGAGAACCUGUCGUUACUGUCUACCCCAACCGCGUUACAAAGAUGACAGGAGACGUUGUACGCUUCACCUGUAACGUACAAGGUCCGCAGCCAAUGCGGGUCACAUGGGCUCGUACAAACGGGCGUCCAUUACCUCGGCGGGCAAGCGUCACGGCAGACAACUCCUUAUCGAUAAACGGGUUGAUUUCCUCCGAUGGCGGAGGGUACACGUGUACGGCCGUCAACACGUACGGACGGACAGAGGGAACGGUGUUGCUUAAAGUGAUGGUGAUACAAGACAUCACAGUUCGUGUCGAAGAACCAAAGUUUUUGACGGUAGAUGCUGGUACUACCGUGCGGUUCGUCUGCGCGGGAAUCAGUCAGGUCACCUACAACCUGCUAUGGACCAAGCAAGGAGGGAAUCUGCCUGACCAGGCUAUGGAUGAGAACGGUGUCCUCACCAUCCCUAACGCAAAGCUUGAAGACUCGGGAACGUACGUCUGUACGGGAUCCAACCCGUUCAGCAUUGACACUGAUAUCGCUACACUAACGGUUGGAGUUACUGUGGAGUCGCCAACUGUACGCAUCGAACCUCGCUACCAGGCAGUCAACUAUGGCGAACGCGUUGAAUUCCGCUGUAUCGCCAUGGGCCGCCCAGAGCCCACACUGGAGUGGGCGCGUACAAGCGGGCAGCUGAACUCCGAGGCUACAUUUAUCAACGGUGUCUUCAUCAUUCCGUUCGCACGGAAGACGGACGAAGCUGAGUAUGCCUGUAAAGCAUCGAACACGGCUGGAGAAGCUUCAACGAAGACGAUCCUUUAUGUGAAGGGAGACGCAGGGCCUAAUUUUGCCCUCUUGCGGCGCUCUGAGUUGACAGUUCCUGUCGGCGCCGAGGCCCGGUUCAUCUGUUCCGUCCGAGGCACCCAGCGUGCCACCAUCACCUGGAGCAAGCAGGGCGCACAGCAGCUUCCACAGGGGUCAAGGGUCGAGAGGGGUGAACUGAUUAUACCGAAUGUGAGGAAAGUGGAUGCUGGGAAUUAUGAGUGUCAUGUGAGGGUUACAACCGGCGAGACGGGUACUGUCAUCGCGACACUGUAUGUAGUUGGAGGACAGCAAGAAUCACACCCCGCGGCCAGCAUUGAUCCCGCCCAGCUCAUCCUCGCCCAGGGUACGUCGGGCACCUUACGAUGUGUCGUCACGGGACAGCCCCAGCCAAGGAUCACGUGGCAGUGGAGUGGUGGAGACCUCACUAGUAACCAUCAGGUCAACAAUGAUGUCCUCCGAAUCGUUCGAGCAUCUCUGAGUGAUCGAGGAAUCUACAAGUGUAUCGCGCGGAACUUUAUCGGAGAGAAUCAAGCAAGCGCCAGGGUUGAAGUCGAAAGGCGUGAACCCCCUCAAGUCGAGAUCUUCCCCAAGACCCAGCAGACGAUGACUGCUGGUAGCAGUGCUCUGUUCCAGUGCCGAGUCACUGCAGGCUACCCGAAACCGACAUUAUCAUGGCGAAGAGCGGAGGGCCAAAGACUGACGGCCAACACCCAGAUCCUUGAGAAUGGCGUGAUCAGAUUUGACCGCAUCAACGGACCGGAGCAGGGAUCCUACAUCUGCACGGCAACCAACACCGCUGGAACCACGACUGCAACAGCUACUCUCAGAGUCCAAGCCAUUCCACGCAUCACUGUCCAGCCGACCAGCCCGAUCCGAGUCCGUGUUGGUCAACCUGUGGUGUUUGAGUGCCGAGCUGAAGGUGAACCAAACCCCAAUGUCUACUGGCAGAGGGUUCAGCCGCGGGGAACCGCAGCCUCUCCGAGUUCAGACCCCCGGGCUGUAUCCAGGCCUGGAUUAGCCCGAUACACGAUCAAUGCUGCUGCAGUGACAGAUGCUGGUCUUUACAUCUGCAUCGCCUCAAAUGAUGCUGGAAGAGUUGAAGAAAGAAUGGAAAUAAUAGUGGUUGGGGAGCCGACCGUCCCUCCACUGCCCAAUGGAGGCAUCAGCAUCGAUGGUGCCAGACUAAAGAGGAUUAAGAUUGGUGAAAACGUUGAGUUUACCUGCCGUGCCCAAGAUGCCGCCCUUGAGCUUCACUGGAGCCGAGAUCGCGGUAUUCUGCCCGUCAGUCAUCGCGUACGCUCUGGUGUCCUCUAUCUUUACAACGCACAACCGGAAUACUCCGGGCGUUAUAUCUGUUCCGCAUCUGCCACUCAUGACGGAGAAUCGUAUAGAGAAUAUGUGGAUCUCGUUGUUGUCGGUGUUGUCCUUCCAAAGAUCAGUAUCGGUGAUGGCAUCAAAGAGGUUAAGGAUGGUGAUCCAGCACAACUCAUCUGUGAUGUCACAACCGAAGGAAGCGUCGAGAUUAAAUGGGAACGCGUCGAGGGAACGAUCGCCGCAUACGCUGUUGAUGACGGAUACGGUUACCUCAGAUUCCCGUAUGUUACCCAGAGCGAUGCUGGACGGUAUCGCUGCGUUGCAAGAAAUGACGCUGGGAGUGUUAACGCUAUUUUGGAAUUGUUCAUCAUUAAUAACGUAACUGGUGGUGUGUUGACAGGAGAUGGGGAUGCGGAUUAUGAUGACGGUUGUAAAAAGACGGAAUUCCAAUGCGGUGAUGGAAAAUGUAUUGACGGCAGGAGGAAAUGUGACAGACGGACAGACUGCACGGACGGAAGUGACGAACUGGACUGCCCCUGCAAUCCGCUGCUAGAGUUCCGCUGUGGAGACGGUCAGUGUAUUGACAAUCGAAGAAAGUGUGAUGCACGGACGGAUUGUCGUGAUGGAAGUGACGAACGGAAUUGUCAAUGCAAGACGACAGAGUUCCGUUGUGGCGAUGGGGCGUGUAUUGACGCCAGGAGGAAGUGCGACCAGCGCCAAGACUGUCGGGACGGAAGUGAUGAAAAUGAUUGUCGGUGUCGGGACACCGAGUUCCGUUGCGGAAGUGGCCGCUGUAUUGACGCUCAGAGAAAGUGUGACGGUCGGAUAGAUUGUCGAGAUCAAAGUGAUGAACAAAACUGCCAAUGCAAGGCCACGGAGUUCCGUUGCAGUGACGGUCAGUGUAUUGACGCAAGAAGGAAAUGUGAUGCGCGAUCAGAUUGCCGAGAUGGAAGUGAUGAGCAGAAUUGCGCAUGCAAGAUGACCGAGUUCCGUUGUGGAGAUGGCAUGUGUAUUGACGCCAGGAGGAAGUGCGAUCAACGGGCCGAUUGUCGUGACGGAAGUGAUGAACGCAAUUGUCAAUGCCAGUCGACAGAAUUCCGAUGCGGAAAUGGUCAGUGUAUUGAGGCAGGUCGUAAAUGCGAUGGACACGCGGAUUGUCGAGAUGCUACUGAUGAACAGAACUGUAGGUCGUCAGAAACUCUUCCACGCCUAACAAUCACAGCUCCCCAGAAGCAACCAGUAGAGGGAGAUACAAUUACAUUCGAGUGCCUUGCUACCGGAACGCCAACACCUACAGUCUACUGGAAGAGGGCUGGCGAAUCCGUCACUACUCCAGGACAGAGUGGAAUUGCCCGCCUUACGAUCCAACGUAUUUCUGCAGCAGAUACCGGGGAGUACAUCUGCCUGGCAUCGAACUACCUAGGCCAGGCGGAGGGGCGCGUCGUCAUAACUGUAGAGAGUCGCGUUGGAGGCCGUGGUGUCCUCCCGACCGUUUCACCGCAGAUCUUGCAGAUUGAUGGUGAGGAUGUGAGACGGGUGCGUGUUGGAGAUGACACCGUUUUCAUUUGUAGGACUAGAGAUCCCGCUGCGAUCAUCAACUGGACUAAACAGCGAGAUGACCUACCGGCCAAUCAUCGUCAACAACUGGGCUCCCUCUAUUUAUACAAACUCACACCAGAACAAGGAGGAAUCUAUGUAUGCACGGCUAGUAUUGGAGGUGACAGUUAUCGUGAACACGUCACUUUGAUGAUUCUUGGUCCGGACGGUGGUGGCCCUGGGGGACCGAACACCGAACCCAGACUCACGAUCAUUGCCCCCCAGGAACGGCCAGUGGAAGGCGAGUCACUUUCGUUUGAAUGCAGAGCUACUGGCACACCCACUCCGACUGUCUACUGGAGGAAGGCUGGCAGCAGGUCAACAACUCCUGGACAGCUCGGCACUGCCACCUACACCAUUCCAAGAGUCUCGGCCGCCGAUUCUGGCGAGUACAUCUGUAUCGCUUCGAACGCGGUCGGCCAGGCUGAGGGUCGCGUCAUCAUCGCGGUGAGGAGUCGCGGAGGACCCGUCCUCCCGACAGUGAAGCCGCAGGUUAUACAGAUUGAUGGAGAAGAUUUGAGACGUGCCGCCAUUGGCGAUGACGUCACAUUUAUUUGUCGCCAUAGAGAUACCAAUGCUGUUAUCACCUGGAGUCGCGAGAGAGGUAUUCUGCCCAUCGGUCAUCGCCAGCAAGGUGGCUCCCUCUACCUGUAUAAUGUCCGACCAGAAUAUUCCGGUAUCUACGUGUGUAAUGCCAACAUCGGUGGGGAGAUCUUCCGUGAUCAGGUCGAGUUAUUUGUUCCUGGUGGAGAUGCAGGUGGUCUUCCAAAAAGUCGGCCACAGUUGUCCAUCACAGCACCGCAGCAACAGCCAGUGGCUGGCGAGACCAUCGCAUUCGAGUGUCGGGCCACUGGUAACCCUACACCCACAGUCUACUGGAAGAGAGCUGGCUUCAGCAGAACUACACCUGGAGAACGUGGAGUUGCCCGCCUAAUACUUGAGCGAAUCUCUGCCGCGGACGCUGGUGAAUACAUUUGUCUUGCCACGAACAGCCUUGGUCAGGCGGAGGGACGUGUGGUCGUGACUGUCGAAGGGCGCGGAGGUGAAGUUCGUCCCACGGUCAAGCAGCAGGUCUUACAAAUAGAGGGCGGUGAUUUACGGCAGGCUGGCAUCGGAGAUGAUAUCACCUUUAUUUGCAGAAGUAGAGAUCCAAACUCAAAUAUCCACUGGAGUCGAGAACGCGGUGCUAUACCCGUCAACCAUCGUCAAAGUUCUGGCUCCCUCUAUCUUUACAACGUCCAACCAGAUCAUUCCGGUGUUUAUGUGUGCUCAUCGACCGCAGGCCAUGACGGAACGAGUUAUCGUGACCAAGUUGAGUUGAGAAUCGUCGGUGCUGUCCUCCCUAGAAUUAACAUCGGCGAACCUCUCCGUGAAGUCAGACUCGGUGAUGCUGUCACCUUGAUCUGUGACGUGCAGACAGCUGGCGUCGUUGACAUCUCCUGGGACAGACCUGAAGCACGCCUAUCGCCGUAUGUCGUCGAUGAUGGUCGCGGUUAUUUGGAUUUCCCACGCACCACGAUAAAUGACGCUGGGAAGUAUCGUUGUACUGCCAGGAGCUCUACUGGGACGACUGAGGGCUUUGUAGACCUUGUUAUACUUGCUGUUCCAUCUGCCAGCAUCGGUCAAGAGAGUGUUACCGUUGCCCUCGGGCGCACCGCCAAGCUUCGGUGUCUGGUGACGGGAAGUCCGCAACCACGUAUCACAUGGGCGAAAGAUGGCGGAAAAUUGCCGGCGCAGAUCACCGUCGAGAAAGGAGUACUGACUAUUUACAACUUCAAGGAGAGUGAUGCUGGUAACUACCUGUGUACAGCAGCCAAUGCAGCUGGGAGCGCCAGGGCCUAUGUGACAAUUAAUAUCGACCCAACCACAACAGAACGCAUCCAGAAAGAUCGAGCGAGCCCUGGGGGUGAGGUUGGUACUGGUGGCCGAGGUGUCGACAACGGUGACUUCAGCAACAUCCAAGAAAUCGCCUCGCGCACUCAGACCGUUAGUGUAGGUGACCGCGUGGAGUUCACAUGCGAGGUCAUCGGGAAUCCACCACCUACAAUCCGUUGGGUCCGUGAUUUAAGAGCAGUACCGACGUCAGCAAUCAUCACAGGAAGUCAGAUGGUCAUUCCACGCGUUGCACUAGAGGAUGCUGGGAAAUACCGCUGCAUAGCGUCAAAUCGCGGUGGAACCCGCCAGGCCAGCAUUGAGCUCUUCGUCCGAAGUUCUACGGUUCAUCCUGGUAACACCAAUUGGCCCCUGAACGCCCAGUCCCUGGUAAAGACAGCUUCCAUUGGUACUGAUGUGGUCUUGACGUGCGAGGCCCCAAACAUCCGCAACCCUACACUUAGGUGGAGUCGGAGAGACAAAGAGCUACCAAGGAACCGUCUGAUAGAAGAAGGCGCCCUCACUAUCCGAGAUGUCAAGGCCGAGGACUCUGGGAAAUAUGUGUGUCGGGUUUCGGCACCAGGAAUACAGGGUGUAGAACAGCUAAUUGAGUUGGUGGUUGGAGCCCUUGUCCCCUAUUUCAUCCAGAACCCCUCGUCCUACAUCGCCUACCGAACACUCCUGGAUGCAUAUCUCGAAUUCGAGAUUGAAAUCUUCUUCAAACCGGAAUCAAACAAUGGAAUUAUUCUCUAUAACGGACAGAAGACGGACGGCGGUGGUGACUUCUUAUCAUUUGGGCUGAAUGAAGGAUACGCCGAGUUCCGGUACGACUGUGGAUCUGGUCCUGCCCUGAUCCGAUCCGAGGCUCCCCUUACCCUCGGACAGUGGCAUAGCGUGUCUCUAAAGAGGAACAGGAGAACAGGCACCAUGGUGAUUGAUGGUAAAGAGUACACUGGGACGUCCCAAGGUCGUUUCCAAGGCCUCGACCUCUCCCAGCUCCUGUACAUCGGUGGUGUUCCAGAUUAUAACAUCAUCAACAGGAGGGCAGGAUUCACAUCCGGUUUCAUUGGUGCAAUCAGCAGAAUCGACGUCCGUGGAAUUGCCCUCGAUCUUGGCCAGGCUGCUCUUGCCAUCGUUGGCGUCGCUGACUACCCUGUCUGCCGAGAACGCCCGUGCCAAAAUGGUGCCACCUGUGUCCCGGCGAACGCCGACCAAGGCUAUAAAUGCCACUGCAGGAAGGGGUACACUGGGUACAACUGUGAGUUGGUCGGUAUGGGCUGCUUCCCUGGAGCGUGUGGUUCCCGCGGUCGAUGUUACAACUUGCCCAAUGGCCAGGGAUUCCAGUGCGCUUGCCCGAUCGGUAAAACUGGAGAGAGAUGUCAGAUAGGAAUCAAAGUCGAAGAUCCUGCCUUCAACAGGACGUCGUAUAUCUCCUACGACCCGCUACAGAACGCUGCCAUGGGCGUGGAAAUCGAGAUCCUGUUCAAACCAAAAUCGCUCGAGGACGGCAUCCUUCUCUACAAUGCUCAACAGCAGGACGGCCGCGGAGAUUUCAUGGCGUUAUUGAUCAAGAAUCGUAGACUGGAGUUCAGAUUCGACAGCGGCUCUGGCGUGGCAGUGAUUAGAAGCAAUGAACUCCUGAUCCAGGACAAGUGGACAUUAGUUCACCUUGAGAGAAACCAACGCGAUGGGUCGCUUUCUAUCAACGGGGGAGUUGCAACCAAAGCGGUCUCCCUUUCCGAGAGUUAUACUUGCUUGUUAAAUCAGUUCUCGCGUAAUUUCACAUGCUCUUCUCCCGGCAAUACUCUCGGUCUCAACAUGAAGCGGCAGCUGUAUCUUGGAGGCGUGGACCAGGGCGAGGUCAUCAGUGCUGGCGUCGGUGUCGAUGUCGGCUUCGUUGGCUGCGUCACGAGGAUCACUAUCAAUAAAAAGUCUUUGGUGUUGAUCGCAUCGGCCAUCGGAAGCGCCAACAUCCUCGACUGUGGCGAUAACCUACCAUGCAGUCGGCGGCCAUGUUCCAAUGGCGGUGCUUGUCAAGCGGAUGAUGAAAUUGGUUACACCUGUCAGUGUCCGGCGACCCAUACAGGUCGACAUUGUGAGAUCGAGAUUAACGUCUGCAUCACACACAGUCCGUGCAAGAAUGGCGGAGAAUGCCAGGCCCUUGGUGCGACCGGUUACAAGUGUCGCUGUCGGCUCGGAUUCAUGGGACGUAACUGCCAAGAAGCUGUCGUAGUCCAUCGUGCGGUGUAUCUUCAGGGCGACGGCUUUAUGGAAUUCCCGACCACCUUCCUGCCGCACCGCAGCAGCCAGCUAAAGGAAGUCAUCGAACUGUCCUUCGCAACGAACAAAACAGAAGGUCUCAUCUUCUGGCAUGGACAGGAUCCUCUAACCUCGGGUCAAGGUAGCGACUACCUUGCUAUUGCCCUGAGGGACGGCCACGUCGAGUUUAGCUACGAGCUCGGCAGCGGUAUUGCUAGUAUUGUGACGAGGUUGAAGUUUAGCGAUGGGAGGUUUCAUAAGGUCAAAGCUGAGAGGACUGGGAAGCAUGGGAAGCUUAGCGUGGAUACGGAGGUUGAUGAGUCUGGUGAUUCGGCGGGAAUUCUCCAGAUGUUGAACACGAAGGGCAACAUCUACAUGGGUGGCGUACCAGAUUUCAAGUUCAUGACUGCAGGUCGCUAUAGAAACGGUUUCCAUGGCUGCAUAAAGGACAUCAAAUUCAUGGAGGGGAGUGUACUAAACGUGCAAAGAACAGCUGUCACUGGAUAUAAUAUCCAGCCAUGUCACUAAAUUUUGGCCAAGGUGUUGAGAGACCAUCGCAAAUUUUAAAACUUUCCAAAGUCACCGAAAACUUUCUCAAAGUUCGUGGUGAAAAAGUUGCCCUGGUUUAGAUGGAUAGGACUGACCAAAUGAAACUGUCUGCCAGAAUUGACAAUAAGUUGUGCCAGUAUAAAGUGCCUUGUAUUAUGCUACAAAUGUCAAUAUAGACCAAUGCUUUACAGCUACCUUGAUGUUUCCCUAAUGGUUGGGUUUACAUAGAGUUCACUUUUCCACUUGUGACUUGUCAAUUUUUAUCUGUCAUUUGUGACAAGAAAAACAAACGCGUCAUUUCAAAAAGCAGGCUAUUUAGAUUCUCGUUGUCACUGUUCACCCUUGUGACAUGUUUAUUUAGAUUCUUUUUGUCACUGGUCAACCUUGUGACAUGUUUACAAGGCAAAGUGAAUAAACAAAUGUGUUCAUGACAAGUGACAUUUUAUAUGUGAGCUGUGACAAGUGACAUUUUAUAUGUGAGCUGUAACAAGUGACUUUGUGAAUCAUAUGUAAACCCGACCUCAUGUUUUACAAAAGCAGAUAAUCUAAAGUAGGAAUCUGCUGGGAAUUGUGGUGAUAUCCUGCAGCAUUUGAAGAGCUUGGAGCACACAUGACGUGAGUACAAUUUGUUUUAAAUUGCCGACAAGAGCAGUACAGAGUGUUGCCAUCAAUCAUAAGAACUGCACUUAUAUUGUAUUUGAAGGGCUGAUGACACAAAUACACUAUUAAUGCAUGCGUCCUAUGAUAGAUGGCAGCACUGUCCACCUGCUCUUUUCGCCAAAUCAGUUCCUUCAAAAUUGCACUUAUGUCCUGUGCACUAUGAGCCCUUAAUUCAUAACGACAACAAAUGAGGGAGGGGGGGGGGCUACGGGAUGCCUUAUUCCACAAUGGCCUUUUCCCGCUGUUGGGAAUCAAAGACUAACCUCGCCGACAGGUCAUUUAAAUUCGCUAACUGAACAUGUGUUCAAUGUAGUUUGUGCACUACAGCAGUGGAGAAAUGUCCUAGUGGAACCAGGCCUUGUCACUUCCAGUGUUAUCCAAGGAGUAGUUUUCAGGGAAGAAGCAAGUCUACAUGGACUAUAAGUGCAGAUAUCUAUAUUGGUGGGAUCUUUCGGGGGGGGGGUGGAGGGGGGUACUUACCCAAUUAUUGAGUAGCAUACAUAUCUACGCAUUCACAAACUAUGCAAUGGAUGUAAUUUGUCUUGAUCUGUUUUAUACAUAAUCAUAUAUCAAUGCGGCUUUUAUAGUUUUUACAAUAAUUUACAUAAAAAUUUACUCAUAAAGUUAAAAAAAUAUCAAUAUUGAUUGAAUCAGUAAUAUGCAAAUAUACAGUUAUACAAUUUUAUACAAAUCUGUGGAGACUACUGUACAAGAAUCUUUUAUCCUCACAAACGCUACAUGUACUCUGAUCACAUAAUUUGUUCAAAGUUCUCAAACAAAUUUUAAGCAAUAAAUUUGAGUCGUUAGAUUUGAGAGAUUUUUUACCAAGCAACAAAUCCUUGUUGAAAAGACUAUGGCAACAUCGUUGAUGUGACCUACUUUUAUGGUUUUAGUAGGUCGGUGUCACAAAAUUGAGGAACAUCUAAAGAAAACUUAACCAAUUUCGAUACGGUUUAUACUCUGACCUUUUCAUUAUUGAGGUUAAUUGUCAUGUGUUCAUGUUCAAAGGUACAUGUGUCCCAAAUUUCUUUUUGAAAUACUCAAAAAUGUGCAUUUACCGCCUCAAGUCUAAACGUUUUAGCCAUACAAAUG